GAGGGGCUGGUGGGGGUUGAAAACCCGGACGAGAAAAUGGCAGCAGAAGAGCGUAAGUGUAAUCGGUGACCGUAGAGUAGGAGGGGGUACUGGUAAAAGAGUGUUACAUAUAAAAGCGAAAAACCGGGUGGCCGCAAGCACGCACAUGUAUUGUCCUUGGUUCCGCGCAAUCCGUCACAUCCACGAGGCCGCAUGAUGGACGUCGUAAACGUUAUGUUCGUCGGCAUGACGUUCGUGUUCGUGGCUGUGCCGCUGGUGCUCAAGUCGAUGGACGGGACUCGAUUGCCGGUCGCUGUGGCACGAUUGUACGCGUACGGUAAGAUCACAGGCGGCGCGAAGCCGUCCGGCGUGCUGAGCGUGCCCAAGCGGUGGUACAAGCACUUUUACGCAUUCUCAUUAGCCCUAUCAUUGAUGGCAGCGCUGGCGCUAUCAGACGAAUACGCGGCGGGCGCCCCGUGGCCGUCGGCCGCGGCGUGGUGCCGCCGGUGGCUGUGGGACCCGGUCCGGCGACCGAAGUCGUCGUACAGCUCGGUCGCCGCGUCCACGGCCGCCGGCAUGUUCGUGCUACAGUGCGCCAGGCGGACGUACGAGACGUACCACGUGAACGUGUUCUCGGACACGGCAGUUGGGCUGUGGUACUACGCGUCCGGUUACAUGCACUACGUAGGCGCCAUCGUCACCGUGCUGGCCGAGGCGCCGGUCGCAGCGACGGCAGGGGAGCAACAGUCCAGCGUUGCCUGGGAGCCUGUCCGGUUGGCCGGGGCCCUGCUGGUGUUCGCCUGGGCGUACCGCGAACAGUGGCGGGCCAACGUAGCGCUGGCCGAGGCCCGGAAGCGAGGAGGUCAGGUUGUCACGCACGAGCACAUCAUGCUCACCGGCGGACUGUUCGACCUCGUGUCUAGCCCACAAAUGCUCACCGAGGUGGUCUUGUACGGUGCUUGGUACGCCGUGCUGUGGGGCGGCACCGGAUGGAAGUACGUGAUCGCAUUUGUCUGGGGCAAUCAGUUUGAGAUAGCGCUCAUCAGUCACCGAUGGUACCAGGACAAGUUCCCAGACUACCCCCGAGAAAGGAAAGCCAUCAUACCGUACAUUCUGUGAUUGCAGUUGCAUCGUCGUGUGCAGGGUGCAGCAUUGUCCGCUCAUUAGAAUUUCAUAAUAUG